GCUAAGCAGACCACAGCCAUCCCCCUCACAAAGUCGCAUCUAUCUUCCAACAACUAGCCAACCAUGUCGUCGUCCUUCUGCGAGUGGGAGAAGACCAACGGCAUCGUCCAUCUGAAGCUCACCGGAGCCGACGGCCAUCACUACCUAACCGACGAGGGUCUCAAGGAGCUCUGCAGCGAGCUUGCCAAGAUCCGCGAGGACGCAGCGUCCGAGCCAUGCCGUGCCCUCAUCACCACCUCGUCCCCGGGCUCCUUCUGCGACGGCAUCGACUACGAUGACCUCAAGAGAAGCAUGAACCCGGCGGAGCAGGCCAAAGCCCUGUCGGACGGCAUGGCCGCGGUGAUAAAGGAGCUCCUGGAGAUGCCGAUGCUGACGGUGUGCGCCGCCACGGGCGACGCGGCGUCCCUGGGGCUGGCCCUGGCGCUUGCGCACGACGACCUCGUCGUCCUCAGCGACGCGUCCUACAGGCUCGGCAUGGUGGAGGACGGCGUCGCCGUGCAGCCGCACAUCGCCUCGCUGGUCCGGGAGAAGACGGACCGGUGGUACACGCUGACCACGCUCAAGUCACGGUGGCGCAGCGGCAACUGGAUGAGGAAAUGGUAUUUCGCCGACUGUGAAGCCGGCACUCCAGAUGGUGUGCUGGUCGAGGCCAAGAAGCUGGUCGAGGAAUGGGCCGGCAGCGACGGCGAGGUGCAUGCCGACAUGAGGAAGCAGCUGUACCGGGAGUCCUGGAAUGCAGUCUCAGUUCUCCAGCUAGUUCCUGAAUGAACUAUGAACUACAGUAGCUAUGCUUGCAGCACGCUAGCCGUCCUUAAUUUGUUUCUCCCUACUACUUCCUUGAAAUUCGAAAUUGACCAUUCCAUAUUGUCUUGUAAUAACUUUUGCGUUGCAGGGUGUCACUUCAUAUUCAGGUUGGCUAGAUGAUCAUUUCAUCGCAAUUUGUGUAUUAUGUACCAAAUUUAAUUAUGCAUCAUCGGUCUUGUAAGUUGAACUGUCAAUUGUUAUCAUCUUGUGCGAUAAUAAGGUAAUUAAAUGUUUGCGCUUUC